AUGCGGGGUCGAGAGUCUGACGCAGAGAUCCAAGAUCUCAUAACGUUAAAUAGGUUGGAUGAGAUCCAGAUAGUGAAAGUCGAAGAAGAAGCUGCACGGGUAUCAGCGGUGACGACCCGAUCUAAGGCUAGAUCGGGGAUCGAACGGAUCCGACAAGCGCAGGACGAGGAGUCGUGGAUCAUGGGCUUGAAGAAGUAUCUAAUCGGAGAGAUCCGAGAUCCGACACAAGAAGAGGCUAAAGUGCUCGGAUCCAUCGCCAUGAAUUACGAAGUGGAUCAGCGGAAUUUACUCUUCUACUGUCCGACAGCCAAGGAGGCGGCUGCAGAUCGAGAUAAGCUGAUGCAAUUAGCGAUACCUGAGACGCUUCAACAAGACAUUCUACGUCACUAUCACACGAGUCUACAGGGCGAUCACCAAGGGAUCGGCCGUACCUAUGAUCGGAUCCGUGAUCACUUCCCCUGGAGAGGUCUAUAUCGGAGUGUACAACGAUAUGUGGGGGAUGCGUCGACUACCGGGAAAGGAAGACCUCGGAUCCAGGGCGAGUCACCCGGUAACCUUCAGGCAACAUACCCAUUUCAGAUCUUUGCCAUGGAUCAUAUACCCUCGCUGCCGAGAUCCUUCAACGGCAACACCGAAUUGUUGAUUUUUCAUCUGUUCUCAGGAUACGUGAUUGCCAAAGCUAGUGCCUUCAGAUCCGCUCAAACAAUCGCCAAGACGUACGAAGAAUAUGUCUUUCGACGAUUUGGCGCGGGCGAGGUGAUUCGACAUGAUCGGGAGCCAGGCUUUAUGUCUGAUUUUUCCAAAUCGUUUAACAGAAUCCUGGGACAACGCCAACGGGCCACUAUGGCGUACAGACCCCAAGCCAAUGGAUCUGCGGAACGUAUGGUCCAGACAACUACCAGAGCUCUCAAGAUGUAUGUGGAAGAUCUGGACCAACGGGAUUGGGAUGAGUAUGCUGAACGACUUACCUUCGUGCAAGGGAUCGGAUCCGAGGCGAAACACCUUUCUAUAUGA